CAACAACUUUGCCUUCAGCCUAUUAUUUAAAUUAUAUUUAAUUUAUAAUUCAUAUUUAAUAAUAAUCAAGAUGCGAAGACGAGCUGGCGUGGGUGCCAUCCAAAAACAAAAGUUAGAGCAAGAGAAAUACAGAGAGAAAGGCUCCGAAAUACAAGAAAAUCAGUUUCAGCAGAUGUCCAAGCAACUAGAAGUGUUCAGGGAAAACUUGGAGGAGUUCGCCACGAAACAUAAGAACGAGAUAAAGAAGAACGCCCAGUUCCGUAGGCAGUUCCAGGAAAUGUGCGCUGCCAUCGGUGUAGACCCUUUGGCUUCUGGAAAGGGGUUCUGGUCAGUUCUCGGCAUAGGUGAUUUUUAUUACGAGUUAGGAGUCCAAAUAGUAGAAGUGUGCAUGGCAACAAUCUACAAGAACGGAGGCCUGAUCACACUUGAGGAGCUUCGGAAUAGGCUGAUCGCAUCCCGGGGGAAGGCCAAGAAGCAUCAGGAUAUCACUAACGAAGACUUGUUGGCUGCUGUUAAGAAAUUAAAGAUAUUUGGCAACGGAUUCACAGUAGUUCCCAUCGGCAAGGGCAGAUGGCUGGUGCAGUCGGUGCCCGGAGAGCUCAACCUGGACCAGACCCUGGUGCUGCAGAAGGCCAGCACCCUGGGCACGGCCUGGAUCUCCGCUAGCAUACUUACUGGGGACCUAGGUUGGAACGAAACGAGAGCCCAAAACGCAUUAAACCACAUGGUGAAAGAGGGCCUAGCAUGGAUCGACACACAAGACAAGGAGAUGUUGUAUUGGUUCCCUAGCAUGUUCUCCGAGUGCGUAGCGGCGCAAUAAUAGUACAUAUAUAGUUAU